AGACAAUAUUCUAUAAGCCUUCUUUCCGGUUUCAAGAUGCCGCCCAAGAAGGACACUAAGGCUUCGGCCAAGCAGCCCCAGAAAACACAGAAGAAGAAGGAAGGUUCCGGUGGCGGUAAAGCCAAGAAGAAGAAGUGGUCCAAGGGAAAAGUGCGUGAUAAGUUGAACAACCAGGUGUUGUUUGACAAGCCCACAUAUGAGAAACUGUACAAGGAAGUGCCCCAGUACAAGCUCAUCACACCUGCUGUUGUCUCUGAAAGGUUGAAGGUCAGAGGUUCUCUUGCGAGACGUGCCCUCAUUGAGCUCAGAGAAAAAGGUCUAAUCAAACAGGUAGUCCAACACCAUGGACAGGUGAUCUACACUAGAGCCACCAAGGGCGAUGACCCAGUCGCAUAAGUUUAUGUAUAAGUAAAAAAUAAAAAAU